GCUGAAGCGGACAAGCAUCUGAUUCAGGAGCGGUUGGCCGAAGAGAAUCAAAAACAGCGAGCCACCAUUAAUCAAUUCGAACAAUCUCUAGGCAAUCGCAGCUCGUACGCCAUCAAAGCGGCGCAAUCUUCACGCGCGUUGGUCGAACUUUUGGAAGAACAAAAGCAAGACUUGAAGAAACAGUUAGAAACGAUGAAGACAGACAUAGAAUCUCUACAUAACCGAUUAGAAAAUGAAUUGGAUACGAACUCGAAGUUACAGAAAGAAAUCGAGCGGUUGGAGUCGAAUGCCGUCAAAGAGGCCGAGUUGGCGUUUAAAGACACCUUAGUGUCACUGCGGACACGGAUUACAGAUCUUCAACAAGAAUCUUUGGAAGAAAAGGAGAAAAGAGAAAGGGAAAGAGAGUUGCGACAAACGGCAGAAGAGGAAGUAAACAAGCUUCGAAGCCAGGUUAAAGCACACGAAGAUGAAAUUAGGGAGUGCAGAAAAGCCAACGCGUCACUGACUGAUUCCACGCGUCAACUAACCCUACAGGUUCUAUACAACACAUUCAUCUUAUUUCUAACUAAACCACACUGGUAUAAUACCAAGUCAUUGGCGGAUCCAGGAGAGCGCGCUUUAGGCUCCCGACAAUGUGACAACGGUGUCAACGGACCCGUCGAACGAGAAUGGUCUUCGCGUGUGGAGCCUUCGCUGUCCUCUGCCGGCUUUCCUCUCAAAUCCGACAGAAUGACUCGGUCUCUCUUACCGGGCGACGUCACAAAUGGUCAGUCAUCCGGUCACUCUUCGUUCCAUCCUCCAAUGGCAAGUUCCAUUUCUUCUCCGAACGCUACGAUGCCUUCGCUUGCUCGACGUUUUCCGUUUCGAGUGUCGGAGAGCGGUUACGGUACGAAGGAUCUGGCAGCCGACUCUGGGAGAGCGCGUAGUGAAGCGAGGCAUGGAGGUCUCGAUGUUCGAAGUGCUGGCUACAUGUCGCUUGGAGAGCGACCCUAUAGGCGAACGAUGCAGUGUCUGCGAUGCAGCGCAAGGUUUCCGGUCGCAAAUCUGGAAGAAUACGAGAAACACAUUCGAGAUUGCUACUCGGAUACAAUAAACUUUAGUUGA